AUGUUGGCUUCUUCGAGGGAGGGUAAAAGAAUGGCAGAUAUGGUUGAAGAUCAAUCCUUUUGGGUUGGAGCUUUGAUGGCUGUAAAAGCAGUCAUUCCGCUGGCGAAAGUUAUAAAAUUGCUAAAUGGUACUAAUAAGCCACAAGUUGGUUUUAUAUAUGACACAGUAGAUCAAGCUAAAGAGACUAUUAAA